GGCGUAUCGCAGAGCGUAACGCCACUUUCGAUGACAACAACUAAUACAAACAAUUGUCUUCCGAGUCAAACUCUACCCACGCGACCUGCGUCUCCGGCAACCCCCCAUUCUCGUCCUUAUCACGUCCCGUCUAUUGGGUCUAGUCAUGUAAGCUCCAGUUUGAGUUCCAGUAUUCAUUCAAUGCCGUAUCAGAAUCAACCGAGCUUACAGAAACAUUCCGUUCAACCAGUAUUUGCGAGUCGGCCGUCUCAUCUCGCUCCUUUCAGUGUUGCAAAUCACAUAUCGUCUAGUAAUGUUCAACAACCAGUGUCGAACCUAACGACUGCCACACACAUGAGCCAUCCCAUUAAUAGUCAUUCCAUCACAAAUCAUAUUCCUGUAAGCAACACUGGCUUACUUCCUACGUCUACCCCGAGCCAUAGCAUGGCCCAACCGAUGUCUAUAACGCCGACGUCUAGUUCGAUUCCAAACUACUCUAGUCUUAGGCAUCAUGGAUUAAGUCUCCCUCAACAUAUUUCUCCUAUCAUACCUACGUCUGCUCCAAUAGCAAUGAACCACAUCGAUUCUUUAUCAACGACCAGUACAUCACACCCUGUUGUAACACCCGUCACCACCACUAGUGGUCAUUUACCUCUUCCGGUCAUAGAUUCUAGGCAGGCUCCUAUACCCUCUACUGAAUUACCGUCGCGCUCUGAGAGUGCUUCAAUUAGUUCCUCUAUUCCAAUGAAUGGGUACCCACCACCAGCGAUUUAUUCGGGUGGUACAUAUCCACCCCUGUAUGCGCCUUACGCUACAUCCUUACAACACAGUCCAUAUCUACCACCGACGGCGGCGUCUCCCAGGAAUUCUGCAGAUACAAGAACAAAUUUGUCGGCGUCACCAUUGGUAGCACCUAAAACACCAAAAGGCGUAAGACCGCACACGCCGGGCUCUACGGGGGCAGCAGGCGCAUCACAUUCAUAUUCACCGCGCGGAAUCAGUCCAACGCGGGAACGUGAGAGUUAUAGCAACAUCAGUAGUUUAUCACGCAGCACACCAGCGUCAGUCGCCUGUUCAGUGUCUGCGCCUUCCCUGGUUCCACCGCUGGUCGCGCCGCUCGCCGCUCCGCUCGCCGCCCCGCUCGCCGCUCCGCUUGCGGCACCACUCGCCGCCCCGCUCCCGGGUCCCUUACCGUCUGCCUUGGGAGCAUCUUUGGUCGGUCCGAUGGGAGGUCCGCUGUCGAACCCACUAGCGGGCGGUCUGGGCGCCCCGCUGGCGACGCCCACCCCCACGCCUGCUGCGCCCGCCGCUCCGCACCUCACGCACUCGUUGGCGCCCGUGCCCACUGUGCCUAGCAUCAGCUCUAGCGCCAAACCACCGGCCCACUGGGGUGUCACCAGGGCAACCGGCGCCGAUCGUGGUCCAGGCUUCGCGAGCGCUCCUGCUUUAUUCGGCGCACCACUUCCGACGCCCAAUCCUAACCCUUUCUCAGCAGAGUCACUAUUUCAAUCGAGUCCCGGUGCAGACCUGCUGCGUCGCGAGCUCGACAGUCGGUUCCUGGCGGUGGCGGGCGCGGUGGGCGCGCGCACUGAGCUGCACCACCACCAGCACCAGCACCAGCACACGCACGUGCACCAGCACGCCGCGCACCACGCGCCGCACCCGCCGCACCACCCGCAGCUCCUCGUGCCGCACGCGCCUCUCUUCAAAGACGUCGGAAAAAUGUCUUCACUAUACCGCACCGGUCUUGGACUUGGCUAUCCAUAUUCAUCGAGUUUGUUACAUCCUGCACCGCCUUACGUGCCGCCGGCCCCUCUCACUUCCUACACACCUAAGCCCGUAGUGUCCGCCGCAACAGACUCCGCCUCUAAACCGACACCGCGCCCCGUCCUCGCGAAAACUGGAAAAUGGAACGCGAUGCAUGUAAGAAUCGCAUGGGAGAUAUACAACCAUCAGCAGAAGGAGAAGGCUGGUGCAGGCGGAGAUAAUAAAGAUAAGCUCAGAUCGCUACCGCCGCCUCCCGCCCCGUAUCGGUCACCGUAUGAGCUGCCCUCUCCGUAUUUGCCACAUCAUCCGCACCUUGGAAUGUCUCCGUUCAGUCGUUACGGUCCGGGGCCAUAUCCACCGACGGCACCUGGUUUCGGUCUAUCUGCCUAUGGCCGAGAGCUGGCACUGUCGUCAUCCUUACAUGGCGUACAUCACGCGCCGCCUCUGGGAGCGCUGCACGAUGCGUGGCGAGCCCGACCGCCGCCGGUGUCCGCCACCGCCGCCGCUGAAGCACGACGAGAUCACGAGGAACGAGAACGAGCCCGACGCGAGCGGGAAGAACGAGAGCGACGCGACCGAGACGAACGAGAGCGACGGAAAGCUCGAGAACAACGAGAGCAACGUGACAGAGAACUGGAGAGAGUGAGGACGCGAUCUCCACUUCGCAACGGUACACUCGAGACUCUUAAAGAAGAACGCAAGGAGCCUCCUCGGCAUUCAAGCGGCCCCCUACCCGGAUACCCACCGCCUCACUGGGACCCGUAUCGCGGAUUUGACCCGCUCCAACAUAUGCGGUUCGCGCCACUCGUCGAAGCUGCUAUUCGAGCGGAAGAAGAUCGCGCUAAGAUGUUGAGUGCGUAUGCUCACCACCAGCAAAUGAAAGCGAGUCCGCUUUUACAUCGAGCGCUGCCUCCGGGCGCGCAACUGGGUCCCCUGGGCGGGCACGGGUCGCUGGCACCGUUGGCCCCCCUCGCGCCGCCCCUAGCCCCUCUGGCGCCACUCGACCUGCUCAAGAAGGAGGAGCCGCGAUGAUAGUGUCUCCGCUCUGUACAUAGGAUAGCGUAAUCGACGUUUCGAAGGACGACUUGUUCGUUAUCGAUACACGUGCUCGUCCGGAGUAGAGAAUGAUUGAGAGCGAGGACUGUGGUCGACAGAGGGCGACGCAGGCGAGGCUGCUCUCGACUUGUGCAAUAUAGGAGGCGAACACUGGCCGCGCGCCUGCAUGUACACAGCUGCUUGUUUAUUUACGUGAAAAUAUCUAUCGAGUUGUUAUCGUGACCAUUAUUAGUUAAUUAUACAUAAAAUCGCUGAUUACGUGAAUGAGAAUAGGAUUAUCGAAACACCUAUCGAUAUAAUUAUACAUAUUUAUAUAUACCUAUAAAUAAAAUGUAAAUAUUAGGCUGUAAAUUAGUGUUAAAAUAUAGAAUUGGUUUAUUUAAUGUCAUACAAAGGAAAAUCCCAUAAAUUAUUAUUGUACCGGGAGUUCAGUUUCACUUCCGUUAAAAAUCUCAAUGGUUUUUCGAUUGUACCAGUGUAUUUUUAUUUAUUUAUUCUAUUAACAAUCCUAGAGAUUGAUGAAGUAGAACAAUUUCAGUUAUUUAGCGAAUGAUAUAAUUGUUUUAUUGCAUUUAAACAUAUGUGAUAUUAUUACAUAAUACUGUGAAAUACAUUUUGUCUGACAUCAAUGUAGUGUCAUUACCAGGUAUUUAGAUCCAGUGGUAAUUGAGGUAACGUUCAAAUUUAAUACAUUUCAAAUAUAUAUAGUAAAAACUCAUUUGUCAACCACAUUAACUAAACAGUGAACUAAUUAAUUAAUUGUAUUUGAUUUUUGUCUUUGUACCAACAAUGUUUGUGAAUGUAACGUGCCACAUAACAAUAUCAGAUCGCAGGGCACUUGUCAGACAAAAUUAAACUCAGCAAGUUUUAAGGCACAUAAAACGGAUUGCGUUCCAGUUUCAGAAAAAAAUCGCAAAUUGAAUGUAGUUUAUACAAAACUAUACCGUAUACUAAAAGUAAUUGAAAGCUUGGUGCGAUUCGGAAAAUACCAUUAAAACUUUUGAUUUUUAUACCAAAA